UUCCAAUUUAGGGCAGUCGACCCCAAAUUCGAUUCAAUUUCCCUGCUCUUGACAUUGGGUUUUAUGGAGAAGAUGGGGGAGGUUGAGCCCAGUUUGGAAGUUUUCUUUGAGGAGAAGAAGAGGAAGAGGAACCCUUUUGUACCGGUUGGGGCCUUUUUGACUGCUGCUGUGCUCACAGCCGGCUUAAUCAGCUUCAGGCAAGGGAAUUCUCAGUUAGGCCAGAAGCUAAUGAGAGCUCGUGUGGUUGUCCAAGGUGCCACAGUAGCACUUAUGGUUGGCACCGCAUACUACUACGGGGAGAAUCCAUGGAAGAAAAGUUAAACUAUUGAUUUCUAUUGUUUCAUUCCUUUUAUGCUGUUGCUAGUUGCCAAAUAAAAUGUUGUUUCAUUCUUGUUGAAGCGAAAUUUGGUAGUACCAGAAUCAAUUAUGUGUGUAACAUCCUGAAAAGUGGAUAUUUACAGCGCGUGCUAAAUAUAUAAAUAACAAUUUUCAAAUUAGAAAA